AGGUCACGUGUCUAACUGCACGGGAGCGAACCUCGGUAACGCGAAUGUCGCCCCUCCGUCUCCUGCCCUACGCGGGAGCGCGCACCCAGCCACUAACCACCAGUGGGGUCUCUCACCCGGGUGGGGUAAAUAACAAUAAAGUUGAAGGAUAGCAGAUAAACGUUGUCUCUGUAUGUGCAGCACAGACGCUGCCAGGACUGUGUGUGUGGAAAGGGUGCCCAGCGUGAUGGAGACAGGGGAGCUCAUUGGCAUUAAUGAAGCCGCACGGUGCACUGACAGCGCAUUUAUCAACAAUUUUUGACAGCAUCGAUCUGUGUCUGCCACAGGCAGCGGCUCUCCUCCAACCCCAGAGGGCCGCGGCUCUCGCAGCUGUGCUUGUGACCGACCCCUUCUAAGAAGGACGCAUGUACACCGCCAAUUAGCGGCGUCCUCAGACGGGCUGUAGAGUGAGGAGAAUCCCGCCAGGGCCUAGAGACGCUGCUGUGGUGUCAGGAAGCUCAUGCUGUUGCUGCUGCGCCGCCCUCCUCCUCAUAGCUGCUAACUGUCCCCGAGGCGACUGCUCCGCUGUAUCCUUCCGCCCCUUCCUUCGCUCCCUCUCAAGGGCCGCCGGAUCUCAGUUGCACUGCAGGGGUUACGUGCGGGCAGCGGAAGAGUUAACAGGAGGGAAAUAAGCGCCGGACCUGUUACUCUGGCGAGGCGGAGGGAUAUGCAGCUUGGCUUGGAGCUAGUGUGGUGCUGAGGACCGACGAGCGAGAAAAAUGUCUGCCUGAGGGAGACCCACAAGUUCCUAUCGGGUGGAAACCGAACCUCUCCUGGCGGUGCAAACACGCAAAGCCGCAUAAAGCAGCAGCCCAGUGACGCCUGUCAGCCGCACACGGCCGCCAGAAGCCGGGGAGGGAGCUGCGCCGGGACUCCCGAAAACUUCAAUCUAAUUAUUGGAUGUUUAAACGGAAAAAAAAGGAGCUGAUCUGAGUGGCUGGAGAUGAAUCCUCAGCAGCGGAUGGCCGCUAUAGGCACAGACAAGGAGCUGAGUGAUCUCCUGGAUUUCAGUGCGGUACGAUAUCCUCCUUCAGGGUCUUAUGGCUUCUCCCACACGAUGUUUUCCCCACCUGUUAAUAGUGGGAAAACCAGACCGACCACGCUAGGAAGCAGCCAGUUCAGUGGAUCUGGUAUGGAUGAAAGAUCUGGUGCUUCCACGUGGGGAACAAGUGGUCAAAUGAGUCCAUCUUAUGAAUCUUCACGGGGUUUUGCAGACAGUCCUCAUUACAGUGAACACUUGAAUGACAGUCGAUUAGGGCCCCAUGAAGGAUUGUCCCCGACACCUUUCAUGAACUCAAAUCUGAUGGGGAAAACAGCCGACAGAGGCCCAUUCCCACUGUAUGGCAGAGAUUCGGCGGUAUCUGGCUGUCAGUCAAGCCUAAUCCGAACAGAUAUUGGACUUGGGAGCUCAGGGCAGCUUCCAACUUCAGGGAAGCCAGGUAGCCCGUACUUUCCUUUCUCUGCAUCAGGUUCGCGUCGGAGGCCCUUGCAGGACACCCCAACCAUUGAUGGCGUGGCAAAGGGAGCUGGCCGUAGAAUGAGGACUCGCUACAAUGAGCCUCCCAAAGAUGGCAGUAGCUGGAGGACAGAUCCUGUACAAACAAAGAAGAUAAGAAAGGUCCCCCCUGGCUUGCCUUCUUCCGUCUAUGCACCCUCUCCAAGUUCAGAUGACUUCAAUAGAGAGUCUCCGAGCUACCCGUCCCCUAAACCACCAAGCAGUAUGUUUGCUAGCACUUUCUUUCUUCAAGAUGGCAGCCAUAACUCAUCAGAGAUAUGGAAUUCCUCGAAUGGAAUUGGUCAGCCUGGCUAUGGUGGAAUGAUGGGCAGUUCAUCGUCUCACAUGUCUCAGCCAAAUAAUUAUGGCAGCCUACAUGACCGCUUGAACUACCCACCACAUCCGGUUUCCCCAACAGACAUAAAUGCCAGUCUUCCUCCAAUGUCCAGCUUCCAUCGAGGUGGCACUACCAGUUCCUCCUUUGUGGCAUCUUCUCACACUCCACCCAUCAAUGGAUCAGACAAUCUCUUGGGUACAGCAAGCAGAGGUAAUGCAGCUGGCAGCUCACAGACAGGAGAUGCACUUGGAAAAGCCUUGGCCUCUAUUUAUUCUCCUGAUCACACCAGCAGUAGUUUUCCAUCAAAUCCUUCAACCCCUGUUGGGUCUCCAUCUCCACUGCCAGGUGCCACCCAAUGGUCUAGACAAGGAGGGCAAGCUCCUUCAUCUCCGAGUUAUGAAAACUCCCUCCACUCCUUGAAAAAUCGGGUUGAGCAGCAACUUCACGAGCAUUUGCAAGAUGCUAUGUCCUUCUUAAAGGAUGUCUGUGAGCAGUCUCGAAUGGAGGAUCGCUUAGAUAGGCUUGAUGAUGCAAUACAUGUAUUGCGGAACCAUGCAGUAGGACCUUCCACCAGCAUGCCUGCUGACAUACAUAGUCUACUGGGUGCAGCACACAAUGGACCCAUUGUAAGCCUGACAUCCAACUAUGGAACAGCAGGACUUGUACCAAAUAGUCGACAGGCCUCAAUGAGAGAAGAGUCUGUGAGUCUAAACAGUGAACAUUCAGCUCUGUCCAGUGCAGUCUCUGCAUCAAGCACAGAAAUAAAUCACAAAGCCCAAGACAACUACAGAGCAUUGUCCAGUGUGUUGGCAAACCAGCCUGCAAUUGCAACUCUUCUUGAAAUAAAAUCGGAGCACAAAGACAAGGAUGAGAACCUACAUGAACAUGUCUCCUCAGAUGAUAUGAGAUCAGAUGAUGAAACAUCGCAAAGUGAUUUAAAAACUUCUAGAGGGAGAACAAGCAGUAUUAAUGAAGAUGAAGAUUUAAAUCCGGAACAAAAGCUGGAAAGAGAAAAAGAAAGAAGGAUGGCAAACAACGCAAGGGAGCGAUUGCGCGUAAGAGACAUCAAUGAAGCAUUUAAAGAACUCGGGCGCAUGUGUCAGCUACACUUAAAGAGUGAAAAACCACAGACAAAACUGCUAAUUCUUCAUCAGGCCGUAGCAGUUAUCCUUAAUCUGGAGCAACAAGUCAGAGAGAGGAACCUCAACCCCAAAGCAGCCUGCCUUAAGAGGAGGGAAGAAGAAAAAGUGUCUGCCGUAUCGGCAGAACCACAAUGCACACAUCCAGGAGCUCACCCUGGCCUUACUGAUGCUACCAACCCUAUGGGUCAUAUGUAAACAUCAGCCAGGUAAGCACAAGAACUCCCACGCUACGGAUAGCAUCUAUAAAAGGUGACAUUUCAUCACAAGGACACAGACAACUAACAUAUCAACGGCACAAAUCUGACAGGAUAACGAGAAAAUGAAGAAAGGGGAACUUGAAUCAAGAUGCCCAGGACACAAUCUAAUGAUGAAAGAAAACAUGAGACAUCUGCACAGAAGUUGAAAUCUGCUAGAAUUUCAGCCCGUUUCUUCACAUCUGUAGCUGUCUCAGUGUGUCGUUCCUGCACAAUCAGACUGUCCUACUAUCUCCACACGCCGUGGAAGCUGCCUUGUGCCUAAACUGAAUUGACAAAUGCAUUGUAUCUACAAAUUUUAUUUAUUGUUAAGGAACUGUUGUAAAGGUCUACAUUUAACAAAAAGGGAAAAGUUGGGCUGAAAGUGGUGAAGAUUUCAGUUGAUGUCAGCAUUUCUUAGAACUAUUCUCAUACAGAGAAUAUAAACAGUGGCAACCUGUGACCCUUUAGCAUUCCCAGCAUACCUAUUAGUGUCUUAAAGAAGGAUGGAAAUGGAUUUUUAUGUCAUUUCCAUUCCUUUUGCCAUAUACAUAGUUUUCCAGCUAUUGGAAAAUAUUCUUUGGCAUAGCUUUGUUUGUUAUUAUUUUUAUUUUUUUUGUAUUUGAUUUUCUAAUGUUAUUUUUGGUCUCUGGUAAUCUGAACAGUUAUGGUCAUAGGUAAACUCCCAUAGUGCGCUCCUUGCUGCGAGUCGGUGAUCAUUGUAGAGAGGACUGUAGACUGGAGCAGUGCUGUGACCUAGCUGCUUCAUACGCAGAGGGUUUACUCCUUCUUUUUCCUAAAAUGAACAUUGUCUUGCUGAUACAGGAAAAAAAAAAAUCUGAAGGCUUCUUAGCAUAGCAAACUGUAAAUUGGGGGCAAACGUACUAUGUUAGAACAGUUUCUAUCCCAUACAGUAUCUGCUACCUGUAGGACAGGCAGGCGUUAGCAGUAAUAAGCACAAAACCUAAAGUACAAAGGAGCUUUUCAGGCAGAAAUGAUGGUAAGUGACUUACCAUGGCCAGCUGUGUGAACAAAUCUAAAUGCAAUGAAAUAAAUAUAGGAUCAAUGGUCAACAAGUAAAAGGUGUAUGGAUGUCUACACUAGGUAACAAGAAUAGAAUGUAAUCAGAUUAAAAGACUAUAGUCUUGCUCUAGUAAAAUGCUCAGUCUAUUAUAUGUAUUCCGAAUCUAUAUAAAUUCCUAUGAACUUCCACAGAAGCAGUCUUCCACUACAAUGAGCAUAGAAAAGAGAAAUAUAUACUGUACAUGGGUAGGGUCCUGGUUUGAACAAAAUGUUCCCAAAUUUAUUCUGCACAGAACAAAUUUUAUUUUUAUUUGCUAAUGGAAAAAUCGGACAUUUUAAAUGGUCCCUGCCAACCUGAUUCAUUGUGGAGUUAGUGGAUGUUACCUAUUGUUUAUAUUCGCAUCCAUUCAUGGGACUUGAUCUGUUGCCUUGUUCUUUAUUUCAGUAUUUAUCAACAUACAUUGUUGCUUCUGACAUGUGAGCGUGAUCACGUGCCACUGUCUGGCCUUUUCCUUUCUCUUCAAUGCAUAUUUUGUUUUUUCUUUCAUCUUUUUUUUGGCUUUAUUAGGCUUUGCAGUAUGCCCAGAAGCUUUCCUUCAUAAAAUAGAAAAGAAAAAAAAUACAAAAACAUUUGGCUUAUUUUUCACUGUAGUUAGUCUUUUAUACAAUAAUCUUGUAAGAACAUUUCUUGAAUUCUAAAUAUUACUCUUUCUAGAUUUUUGAAAUCGAAAAAGUUUUCAGUAAAAAGUUUCUUACUUUAUUUUACUAUAUUAGGUAGUAAAAAUGUAGGGUUAUUUACCAUAACCUGUUCAUUAAUAUCAGAAAUUUACAAUAGCAUUUUAAGAACAUAGUAGGGUCCUAGCAUACCGUGUAGUACCUAUGGAGUAUUGUAAGAGCUACUUGUUCAAGAUGAAUUGCUGAUCAUCUUGUUCUACAGUUUUCAUUGUUGGUCUAUUGCAGAUUUGUACCCUGUGUCAAAUUCAACGUAUUGUUGAUAAAACUUUCAACCAGCAGCAAGAAGUUCAAAUUUUUUUUUCUGUCAAUGUAACAGAAACACAAUAUGUAUAUAACAUUUAUGUAGCAAUAAAUGUGCCAUCUUUUUUUAAA